GAGUAUAGUGAACUCAUUGUCAUGUUCAAGAAACCAGUUUGAGAUGAUUUGAGCUUUGUGACAUGCCAUGUUAUUCUGUUGUGCUGUGGUCAUAAAUGGAUGGACAUGAUCAGCAACAAUACUCAGGUUGGCUGUGGUGUUUAAACGAUGCUCAAUUGGUACUUACGGGCCCAAAGUGUGCCAGGAAAAUCUCCCCCACGCCCUUACACCUGCAGCCUGAACCGUUGAUACAAGACACAAUGGAUUCAUGCUUUCAUGUUGUGUACACCAGAUUCUGACCCUACCAUCUGAAUAUCGCAGCAGAAAUUGAGACUCGGACAACGUUUUUCCAAUCUUCAAUCUAAUUUUGGUGAGCCCAUGAAAAUUGUAGCUUCAGUUUCCUGUUCUUAGCUGGCAGGGGUGGUCUUCUGCUGCUAGAGCCCACUUGACGUGUUGUGCAUUCAGAGAUGCUCCUCUGCAGACCUUGGUGGUAACGAGUGGUUAUUUGAGUUACUGUUGCCUUUUUAUCAGCUCGAACCAAUCUGGCCAUUCCCUUCUGACCUCUGGCUUCACCAAGGCAUUUUCACCCAUAGAACUGCCACUCACUGGAUAUUUUCUCUUUUUCCUGACCAUUUUUUGUGUAAACCUGUGAAAAUCCCAGUAGAUCAGCAGUUUCUGAAAUACUCAGACUAGCCCGUCUGGUGCCAGCAACCAUGCCACUUUCAAAGUCCCUUAAGUCACCAUGUGAUUGGCUGAUUAGAUAUUUGCGUCAACAAGCAGUUGAACAGGUGAACCUAAUAAGGCCGGUGAGCGUGUGUGUGUAUCUGUCAUCUCAGAUGUUUAAAUAUUCUUGAUUAUAAUUACAAUCAUUUUGAUAACCUAUUAAACCUAAUUCCAUGCAGUAAAAAUAUUUUAAAUUAGUCAGUGUUGACAUCAUCAAAUGCAACUAUUCAACCCUACCCAAGUGAUUGUGUGAAGAACAUUUAUGAAAAAUUUAAGCUUUCCCAUGGUUUGGCAUGGACAUUGGUGGCACAUUGGUGAAGCUGGUCUACUUCGAGCCCAAAGACAUUACAGCAGAGGAAGAACAGGAGGAGGUGGAGAGUCUGAAAAGCAUCCGUCACUACCUCACCUCACAUACCGCCUACGGCAAAACAGGUAUUCGAGAUGUCCACCUGGAGCUGACUGACCUCACCCUUUGGGGCCGCAAGGGCAGUCUGCACUUCAUUCGCUUUCCCACACAUGAGCUGCCUGCCUUCCUGCAGAUGGGCCGAGACAAGCACUUCUCCAGUCUGCACACGACCCUCUGUGCCACUGGAGGUGGUGCAUUUAAAUAUGAGGCUAACUUCCGUACAAUGGCCAAUCUGCAGCUGUUGAAGCUGGAUGAGCUGGAAUGUCUGAUAAAGGGGGUUCUGUACAUUGACUCGGUGGUCUCAAGUGGUCUAUCUGAAUGUUACUAUUUUGAGCACCCAACAGACCCUGAGCGUUGCGAGCAGAGGGCAUACAACCUGGAGAACCCCUAUCCUUUGUUGCUUGUCAACAUUGGCUCAGGUGUCAGCAUACUGGCUGUAUACUCCAAAGACAACUACAAGCGUGUCACUGGAACCAGUCUUGGUGGUGGUACAUUCCUUGGUUUGUGCUGCCUGUUGACUGGAUGCUCCACCUUUGAGGAGGCAUUGGCAAUGGCCACAGAAGGGGAAAGCACACGUGUAGAUAAACUAGUCAAGGACAUUUACGGUGGUGACUAUGAGCGAUUUGGCUUGCCAGGAUGGGCUGUUGCCUCCAGCUUUGGGAACAUGAUGUGUAAGGAGAAGAGAGACUCUGUCUCAAAGGAGGAUCUGGCUAGAGCAACACUUGUCACCAUCACAAACAACAUUGGCUCAAUCACACGCAUGUGUGCGCUUAAUGAGAACAUUGAAAGAGUGGUGUUUGUUGGGAACUUCCUGCGAGUGAACACAUUAUCCAUGAAGUUGCUUGCUUAUGCUUUGGACUACUGGAGCAAAGGACAACUCAAAGCCCUAUUCCUUCGACAUGAGGGAUAUUUUGGUGCGGUUGGUGCACUUUUGGAAUUACCAAACCCAUUCUGAUCUACUAAUCAAUCUUAGUUCAUGUCUUUUACCAAAAGACGUAUUUAUGCAAACAGACCAAAGUUGCCUUCAAAAUAUCAGACAUGCCCUCAACUAUAAAGUCAUCUACCACAUACCAAAAAUAUUAUAGUCACUAUAAUAAUAACAUUCAGGUCACAUAAUCAGGAUUAACCACAUUAUAAUACUAGUUUUGGGAAUUGCUGCAAGCGAUUUAGACCCUUUGAACAUUUUCAACGUCUUAUAUUAUGGCAUGUUAAAAUCAACAGCUGAUAUGAGAAUAAACCAAUAAGAUCUGAUCUAUAGCUUAUAUCAGCACUUUUUAGUCACAAUGAAGUGAUUAGAUAUCAUUUAUAAUACUGAAAUGUGUCCGCUAUCAUCUUAUAUUGACUGUACAACAGUUACUGGUUAUGGAUUGAAUUUGCAUCAAGCAGCAGUACAGAGAUUGAAACCUGUAUUGUUUGUGGUUGUAAGUGACAGUAAUCAUUACCCCGGUAUACAGUACAUUUCACUAUUUUUGAGGCACAAUCAUCAUUUACUCAAAAGCAAGCAGAUAUCACUCAGGCAUUUUUCUUUUUCAUUUUGCUCUAUACUUUAUAUAACUGAUGCAAUAUAUAAUUGUUGUGGAGGUCUGGUGUAUAAAAAGUUAUUUUAUGCUAAGUGAGAAUUUCAGAAUGUAGCUCAUAUUAUGUUUGUGAAUCUUGACAGCAUUUUGCAUUAAACAACUGUUAGAGAGAAAGGGACCAGGCAAAACUUUGACCUUUUAUCAGGGAGUGGAACAAAAACUUUUACACUAUGGAUAAUUCUCUUCUUCAAAGCUGAGAUUCUGUCUAAUCGUUUUUUGUGCUCUGUUACUUUCUCCUCAUAGUCUGUUGUAUAUUACUUGCUUGAUUGCUCAUGUCUGUACAGGUAAUAGGCAGUUUGUUCCUGCACCAGCAAAUAUCAUGCUUGCAUUUUGUUUGUUUAAAACAACACUGUGGUAUUGCGUUCUUCAACAAAACGGCCUUUGUACCUUUUUAAUCCAAAUGAUUGUCAAUUUUCUUUGUAAUAAAAUAUGUAAAUCACAAUAUAA